GAAUGCGAUUGUCUUUACUUUCAAAUGGAGUUAUGUAUCGAUAAUCUCAACAAUGUUUUGGAAACUAAGAAAUUAUUGUUUAAUGAAUUGAUGACUAUUUCUGAGUUUUAUAUAUCGUAUCAAAUGUUUCGUAAACUCACAGAAUGUGUGCAAUAUUUGCAUGAAUCGGAUCCACAGAUCAUUCAUAGAGACCUCAAACCGGAUAAUGUUUUGAUUACAAGCUAUGGGAGUAUAAAGUUAUGUGACUUUGGUUUGGCUAAAGAGGUCUAUAAUUCCGAUUCGUUUCAUAUGUCUGAAGUCAAGCAUACGGCAGAUGUGGGAACUGUUGACUAUAUGGCACCGGAAGCUAUGGGCGAUAAUUACAAUCAUAAGAUAGAUGUCUACAGUCUAUCCCUAAUUGGGGCUCAAAUUUUUGGUUUCAAUACAAUCGAUAUAAAGGAAGAAAAAACAAUAUAA